CGUGUGUGUGCGUGUGUGUCUGUGUGUGCGACAACAUUGCGGGAGACUUAGUUCCAGGUGCGUUUUCUGCUACAAAGAUCAAAUUUAAUUCAAUGUUGACAUGUGGUAUGGAACUUGUGGUGUGUGUUUAGCAAGAUGGCUCCGUUGGAGAAGUGUCUCGAGAAAAGCCAAAUAGUGUCCUCUUUGAUAUUUGGCAGUUGGCACCUUGUGUUAAGAGACAAGAAGAGAACAUUUGGGACGCCGCCGCUGUCGUGUUUCGCUGUUCGGUCCGCGCUGACAACAAUAACUUGUUAGUCGCUCCGUUGGAGGAAAAGGAAGGAGAUGACGAAGACGAUGACGAUGUCGAUGAUGGGACUCAGUCAGCUGGCGGCCAGGCAGGAGAAGUGACGGAGCGAACCGACGGCUGUGACCGUGGAACGUGGAAGCUGUCUUGCCGAAUCCCGCACAGGAUCCCCGCGACGAGGAGGCAAGAAUGCCCCGUAGGAAACAGUCCAACCCGCAGCCCGUCAAAUUGGAGUUAGAGGAUGGCAGUGUAUCGUGCAACCCGGAAUGUCUGGUUCUGGACAGUGGCAUUCUGCUAAGUGGAGAGUUGGAAUUUGACAACUCUGAAAUCAUGGGUUUAGACGCAGAUUCUGGGCUAACAGACACAGCAGUCCCACCAUUCCUCUCAUGUAAAGGCUGUGGUCAGCUUCUCUGUGACACGCCACUGGGAGAAGGGUUUGAUCUUGGUUUGACAGCAGUGGGUCAUGAUCCUAAGGCAGAGCUUUACUGUCUCAACUGUGAAGGUGGUGUCCCGGGUUCAGUCUCAAUCGCGUCCAUACCGGUGGCAGAUGACAAGAUGGCCGACAUUUCCCUUGUUGGUGCAUCCGACAGGAAGAAAAGGAGCGAAACUAAAAUGGGUGCAACUGGCGACCUUCCUCAUAAAAUAUACUCCUGUUCACUGUGCACCUUCACUUCACGUUACUCGAAUCACCUCAAACGGCACAUGCACAUCCACGACGGCCAGAAACCAUACCGGUGCCCCGUAUGCCCCUAUGCUUCAACCCAGCUGGUCAACCUGCAGCGCCAUGCACGCACACACACGGGGGAAAAGCCAUAUCGCUGCCAUCAGUGCAACUAUGCCUGCAGUUCCCUUGGAAACCUGCGCCGGCACCAGCGCAUGCAUACACUGGACCGCCGGCCAAGGAGGGACAAGGAGAGUAGAAGAGCCAGUACGAGAAAAGUGAACAGCAAAAGCGGAAAAGCUGUCUCAGACCUGACGCUACGGGUUACUCAGGAGUCUGGUUACCUGCAGGCACAGGGCAAGCUGAGCUCCGCCUCAGGCCCUGUCCUGCUCUUUCCGCUGUGCUGCCGGCUUUGUGGCCUCACCCUGGAGGGCAUCAACAUGGAGGACAUCAAGGAUAGUGGUAGACAGGUGUGCGAUCGCUGCUCGUUGGACGCGCUGGUCAAAGAUGGUGUCGAUUGUCCCAGAAGUACAUUUGGGCCUAUGGAGUCACGCCAGCUUGGCAGCCAGCUGUACCGCUGCCCUCUGUGCCCAUUUUUGUCCCAUUACCCCAACCAUCUGGCACGCCACACUCACAUCCACAUCCACUCUGAGGAGAAACCUCACCGCUGUCCACAGUGCCCUUACACAUCCUCCCACCUGGACAACCUCAAACGGCACCUGCGUGUGCACACGGGCGAGAAGCCAUACCAGUGCCCGUCAUGCAGCUACGCGUGCGGCAACCUCGCCAACCUGCGCCGACACGAGCGCAUCCACUCGGGCGCCAAGCCGUUCCACUGUGACAUUUGUGGCUACUCGUGCAACCAGAGCAUGAACUUGAAGAGACACAUGCUGCGACACACUGGCGAAAAGCCUUAUGCCUGCAGUGAGUGUGACUACACCACGGGACACUUGGACAACUACAAACGCCAUCAGAGGAAACAUGGACAUGGCAUGGACAACUGGGAUCAGGUAGCGCCCCAACAUGGCCUCAGCUGGGCCAAACAACCUCAGGAGAACCAGGGACACAGUUAGUCUGUUUGGGCGUGUCUGAGUCUGUACUUUCCAGGGACGGCAACUUUGCCUCUUUUGACAAAAACUAAAAAGACUUGAGACUCACUUUGGACUUGGGAGUUAAAGACUUGUGACUUGACUUGAGACAUGAUGAGGUGUUACACAUACAGUUGUGUUAAAAAUAAUGACAACAUUACUGACCAGAUAAAUCUGUUUUAGGUAGAAAUUAUGUUACUACACGACAAAUAAUUUGACAGUAGGCGUAGUCGAAUCAUAUAAAACCAACAGACCCAACAUUCACAAAAUGAAUGCUAUUGAGUCAAAUUUAUUUAUUUAACCUUUAUUUAUCCAGGGAAAGGCAGUUGAGAGCAGAUUCUCAAUUGCAAUGAGUAAAACAAAACAAAAUAAAAACAAAUACACAACAGAUUGUACAAUUUGAUGUAGUUACAUAAUAUAUUACAUCAUAAUAAAUGGUUCUGAACCUGCUAAAAACUGGUGCUGCGAUCAUGUACACUUGUGCAGCAUCCCUUACUAAACUUUUAAACAGUGGUAUUGGGAUGAAUGGUGAGUUUUAUUAUUUGUUGCCGAGUGUCAUUUGGGGCAGAAAAUUGAAAAGAUCCACCAAAUGUAGUGCGGACUUUGGGAACGAAGAGAUUAAUAUAAGAAAAAUGGCAGUCCAAGACAAACUUGCCAGUUGAACACGCACAGCUGCCGAGGCAAAGAAAGCUUCCUUCUUAAAAAUUUACCGCAAUUAACCAAUGACACUUAAUACACUGUGUAACAUUAUAUAUACACAUUCUAGUCCUACAUAGUGGUUUUACAACUUAAUUGGUUAUUAAAAGGAAUGCUAAAUCCAAACGAUUUUUAUAUUUCUCCAGUAAAUAUUUGAGGUUGUAAAGAAAAUGCAGACACUGCUAUUUUUUGAACAGCCCAAUAUUCAUUUUUCUUUCUUUUCUGUGAAGUAAUAAAUGUAUUCAUUUUUCUUCGUUUUCAUUGAGAAUAUAACGUGCAGUAUUCUCAAUGUAUUGAAAAGAAAGACUAUUCAAGUAUAAGGAUUGUGAGCUCAUGUUUUAAAACACUGCUAUUGUUUUACACACAACUGUACAUACAGGUGAGAUAAAUUGGCCAAUAUUUUCUAACCUCAUCAUCAUUUGACCCAACUGGUCUUCUGUCUUUAUAAAAACCAAAUACUGCAUUCCUUGACUUAUCACAGUGACAUGACGUGACUACUUGUGAUGUGACUUGCCCAAGGCAUAAUGGCUGAUGACUUGCUUAAAACGUAAUCUCACCAUCUCAGGUAACCACUAAAUUCAGGCGCCAACCUAUUUACAGACAGGACUAUGAAGCUGAUAUCAACCUAAUCUGGUUACACUGGGUUACAGGAAAAAAGAAAUUCAGGACAAUUUUGCAUCGCUGAAUCUGAAAACGACAUCACUUUCUCUUGUUCAGGUCAGGUUUUUAUGCAAAUUUGUUCAAUGUAUCAAUCAAAUGUUACAAACUUUGCUUACUAAAUUUAAUAGUAGACAUUGAUAAAAGUAAGUACCUGUAAAUUGAACGUUACGUCGUCAUUGUUCAAAAUUCAGGGCACAAACCCCUGUUUAUUGGAACCUCUAAAGUGAAAAUACCUGUUCAUCUAAACAAAAACAUGUAGCUGUAGUUCAAAAGGUUGACCUGAUAUAUAUCACAAAUAUCACAUAAGGUUUGCUCAAAAACUCUGGGAUAUUUGCAUUUAGCACAUCAAAACUGUCCUAAAACAGCUAAAAUCCUAGACAAUAAAUUUGUUGUUGACCAGUAUUAUCAAUGCCUACCAAUUUAGUGUUAUGGGCCACCGUCAUGUUGAUCGUUUCUGUUAUGAAUUUUGCAGCAUUCACGUCGGAAUCAUUGCUCACCUAUGUUACAUGCUGAUGUCAUUUUCUAAAUAAAAAAAGUUAUUUUAUUAUGAAUAGAAUAAUACAAACAAAUAUUAAUA